AUGCGGGGUGAUGUGGUGGAGCUCAUGCGGAGAAACGGCUGCAGCAGUUUGUUCACAUGGUCCUUUGCCAGGCGGGGAUGGGAGUUCCAGGCCGACCACGAGGAGGAGCACGAAGAUCUGAACCUACCGCUCUUUCCGAGCACAAAGAUGAAUAUCCCGAAGACGUUGACGGAGGAGAAGAACCUGGCGGAGCUCCUCUUCGACGAUCAGGAGGAGAGCUCCGGUCCCUACGCUUGGAUUGAGCACACGUGGGCACAGACCGUGGUCGCUGCCGUGAUCGUCCUAAACGCCGUGCUCUUUGGCUUGGAGUCCGACAUCCGAUCGGGACUCUGGGCACCCAUCGAGCACGUGAUCUUGAUCAUCUUCGGAGCAGAGAGCCGCACUUAG